AUGGCAAAGCGUAGGAAGCAGGUGCUUCGAGCUCCUGUAACAUCUUCAGAGCCUGUGGUCUACGUAUGGGAGGGGGCGCAUGCGUCUCUUUGGAGCGAAGGCAACAAAUGUGGCGUUCGGAUGGUAGACACGAUAAUACUGUACCACAACUCGGACAGCAGUCACAUCGACUCGUACUUGUGGUUGUUCACGGGAAAAAGUGGCGCAAUCUCUCGCAAACGCAUGUCGAAGGAUGGUUCGUUGCCUGUUGCUAAGAUCCGCGAGAGAUUUUUGCAAUUAUCAGGUCGUUCGAGUGACAAAAGUGUGGAUUCCAUGGCUGUCGUGAAUUUCCUGGAUGGCACGCGAAAAGUUGUGGGAAUCGACGAAUUCGAGGAGAUUUUACACGCUCUGGAAAAUAAACGUGGACGACGAGAGUCAUGUCCAAGUGGAAUUUGA